GGCCGGGGAGGAAGGGGUGGUGUUCCCGGUUUCCCGGGUUACCUGAGGGGGCGGGGGUGAGAGCUCGCGCUGGCGGGGCAGCUGUGGCGAGUCGGGAUUCUGUGGAGCCGCUGAGAGCGUGCCGCGGACCGCAGAGCGGAGGUGAAGCCUUUUGCUAAGACAAUUUCAUCUAGUUCAUGAACCAAAAUUAUACACACGCUGAAUGUUACAGAAGUAUUGAAAGACUGUUCUGUCAUGAGUACCAACAGUAACUCAUUGGCACGUGAAUUUCUGAUUGAUGUCAACCAGCUUUGCAAUGCAGUGGUUCAGAGGGCGGAAGCCAGGGAAGAAGAAGAAGAGGAGACACACAUGGCAACCCUUGGACAGUACCUUGUCCAUGGGCGAGGAUUUCUGUUACUUACCAAGCUAAAUUCUAUCAUUGAUCAGGCCCUGACUUGCAGAGAAGAACUCCUGACUCUUCUUCUGUCACUCCUUCCCUUGGUAUGGAAGAUACCUGUCCAGGAACAGCAGGCAACAGAUUUUAACCUGCCAUUGUCAUCUAAUAUAAUCCUGACCAAAGAAAAGAACUCAAGCUUGCAAAAGUCAACUCAGGGAAAAUUAUAUUUAGAAGGAAAUGUUCCUCCUGGUCCAGUUUCUGUAAAAGUAAACCUUUUUCAAAAAAGCAGACAACAGCGUAAAAGUACCCAUCGCUAUUCUGUAAGAGAUGCAAGAAAGACACAGCUCUCCACCUCUGACUCCGAAGGCAACUCAGAUGAGAAAAAUACAGUUGUGAGUAAGCACCGGAGGUCCCAUGUGCUGCCCCGGCUCCUGAUGCAGUCUCCUAAGGAAGACCACCUCAUAGCCAAACUUGACCCCUUUGAAACCAAAGAACAGGUCCUUUCUGACACCAUGGCUUUGGAAAACUCCAGAGAAAUCAUUCCGAGACAGGAUUCAAAUGGUGACAUAUUAAGUGAGCCAGCAGCCUUGUCUAUUCUCAGUAACAUGAAUAAUUCUCCUUUUGACUUAUGUCAUGUUCUGUUAUCGCUAUUAGAGAAAGUCUGUAAGUUUGACAUUGCUUUGAAUCAUACUUCUUCCCUAGCAACGAGUGUAGUACCCACACUGACUGAGUUCCUGGCAGGCUUUGGGGACUGCUGUAACCAGAGUGACACUUUGGAGAGACAAGUGGUUUCUUCAGGGUGGACUGAGGAGCCAGUGGCUUUGGUUCAACGGAUGCUCUUUCGAACUGUGCUGCAUCUUUUGUCAGUAGAUGUUAGCACAGCAGAGGCAAUGCCCGAAAGUCUUAGAAAAAAUUUGACUGAAUUGCUUAGGGCAGCUUUAAAAAUUAGAGCUUGCUUGGAAAAGCAGCCUGACCCUUUCUCACCAAGACAAAAGAAAACACUACAGGAGGUCCAGGAGGGCUUUGUAUUUUCUAAGUAUCGUCAUAGAGCCCUUCUUCUACCUGAGCUUCUGGAAGGAGUUCUACAGCUCCUUAUCUCUUGUCUUCAGAGUGCAGCUUCAAAUCCCUUUUACUUUAGUCAAGCCAUGGAUUUAGUUCAAGAAUUUAUUCAGCACCAAGGAUUUAAUCUGUUUGAAACAGCAGUUCUUCAGAUGGAAUGGCUGCUUUCAAGGGAUGGUGUUCCUUCAGAGGCUACAGAACAUUUGAAAACCCUGAUAAACAGUGUAAUGAAAAUAAUAAGUACUGUCAAAAAAGUGAAAUCAGAGCAACUUCAUCAGUCCAUGUGCACGAGGAAAAGGCACCGGCGUUGUGAGUAUUCCCAUUUCAUGCAGCACCACCGUGAUCUCUCAGGUCUCCUGGUUUCAGCUUUUAAAAACCAGCUUUCUAAAAGUCCCUUUGAAGAGACUGCAGAAGGAGAUAUCCAGUAUCCUGAGCGGUGCUGCUGCAUUGCUGUGUGCGCGCAUCAGUGCUUACGCUUGCUGCAACAGGUUUCCCUGAGCACCACCUGUGUCCAGAUCUUAUCGGGUGUACACAGUGUUGGAAUCUGUUGUUGUAUGGAUCCUAAGUCUGUGAUUAUCCCUUUACUUCAUGCUUUUAAGUUGCCAGCACUGAAGAAUUUUCAGCAGCACAUACUGAAUGUCCUUAACAAACUUCUUUUGGAUCAGUUAGGAGGAGCAGAGAUUUCACAGAGGAUUAAAAAAGCAGCUUGCAACAUCUGUACUGUGGAUUCUGACCAACUGGCUAAGUUAGAAGAGACACUUCAAGGUACCUUGUGUGGUGCUGGCCCUUCAUCUGGUUUGCCCAGUGCUUCUUAUAGAUUUCAAGGGAUCCUGCCCAGCAGUGGGUCUGAAGAUUUACUGUGGAAAUGGGAUGCAUUGGAGGCUUACCAGAACUUUGUCUUUCAAGAAGACAGAUUGCAUAACAUACAGAUUGCAAAUCACAUUUGCAAUUUAAUCCAGAAAGGCAAUGUAGUUGUUCAGUGGAAGUUAUUUAAAUAUGUUUUUAAUCCUGUGCUCCAAAGAGGAGUGGAAUUAGUACAUCAUUGUCAGCAACUAAGCAUUACUUCUGCUCAGACUCAUAUGUGUAGUCAACUGAAACAGUGUUUGCCUCAGGAAGUACUUCAGAUUUAUCUAAAAACCCUGCCUAUUCUACUUAAAUGCAGGGCAAUACGAGAUUUGUUUUUAAGUUGUAAUGGAGUAAACCAAAUAAUUGAAUUAAAUUACUUAGAUGGGAUUCGAAGUCAUUCCCUCAAAGCAUUUGAAACUCUGAUUAUCAGCCUAGGGGAACAACAGAAAGAUGCUUCAGUUCCAGGUGUCAAUGGGUUAGAUGUGGAGCAGGAGUUGCCAUCCUUAAGUGUGAGUCCUUCUCUCCAUAAGCAGCAAGCUUCUUCAGAUUCUCCUCGUAGUCUCAGUAAGUUUUAUGCCAGUCUUAGAGAAGCUUAUCCAAAGAAACGGAAGACUGCUCAUCAGGAUGUUCACAUAAACACCAUAAACCUCUUCCUCUGUGUGGCUUUUUUAUGUGUCAGUAAAGAAGCAGAUUCUGACAGGGACUCUGCCAACGAGUCAGAAGAUACUUCUGGCUAUGACAGUACUGCCAGUGAGCCAUUAAGUCACAUGCUGCCAUGUCUGUCUCUUGAGAAUGUCGUCUUACCUUCCCCUGAAUGUUUGCACCAAGCAGCAGACAUUUGGUCCAUGUGUCGUUGGCUCUACAUGUUGAGUUCAGUCUUCCAGAAACAAUUUCAUAGGCUUGGUGGUUUCCGAGUAUGCCAUGAAUUAAUAUUUAUGAUAAUCCAAAAACUAUUCAGAAGUCAUGAAGAGAAACAAGGAAAAAGGCAGGGAGAAGUGAGUGCAAAUGAAAACCAAAAAUUAACCAGAAUGUCUCAACCUGAGAUGACAGCACCGGAACUGGGACAUCUGAAAAAGAAUGCUGACAGCUUGAAUGAUUUAGAGUCACAGCAUAUGUUUCCCACAAGUAUAGAACAGAUUUUGACUACUGAAGCUGUUUCUGGUGAAGCAAAGGCAUUUAUGAGUCAAGAAAAUAAUACCUCUCUCCAGAGUAUACGACUUUUGGAGUCCCUUCUAGCCAUUUGUCUUCAUAGCUCCAGAGCCAGUCAACAGAAGAUGGAUUUGGAGCUACCAACUCAGAGCUUGUCUGUGGAAAAUAUAUUGUGCGAAAUGAAGGAACACCUUUCCCAGUCAAAGGUGACAGAAACAGAAUUAGCAAAACCUUUAUUUGAUGCCCUGCUUCGAGUAGCCCUGGGGAAUCAUUCAGCAGAUUUAGAUCCUGGUGAUACUGUGACUGAAAAGAGUCAUCAGUCUGAGGAAGAAUUGUUGUCCCAGCCUGGAGAUUUUUCAGAAGAAAUUGAGGACUCUCAGUGUUGUAAUCUGAAACUUCUGGGUGAGGAAGAAGGUUAUGAAGCGGAUAGUGAAAGUAAUCCUGAGGAUGGUGAUGCCCAAAAUGAUGGAGUACAAUUAAAACCUGAAGCAGAAGGUUUCAGUGCAUCGAUUGUUCCAAACAACUUACUUGAAAAUGUCACUCAUGGGGAGAUAAUAUACCCUGAGAUUUGCAUGCUGGAAUUAAAUUUGCUGUCUGCUAGCAAAGCUAAACUUGAUGUGCUUGCUCAUGUGUUUGAGAGCUUUCUGAAAAUUGCCAGGCAGAAGGAAAAGAACAUUUCUCUGCUCAUGCAACAGGGAACUGUAAAAAUCCUUCUAGGAGGGUUCUUGAAUAUUUUAACACAAACAAAUUCUGAUUUUCAAGCAUGCCAGAGAGUAUUGGUGGAUCUCUUGGUUUCUUUGAUGAGUUCACGAACAUGUUCAGAAGAACUAACCCUUCUUUUGAGAAUAUUUCUGGAGAAAUCUCCUUGUACAGAAAUUCUUCUCUUUGGUAUUCAGAAAAUUGUUGAAAGUGAUUUUAAUGUGGGCCCUUCACAGUAUCUAACCUUUCCUCUACUUCACACCCCAAGUUCAAGCAGUGGUGUCUCACCACAAAAGUCUCCUGGGAUUCUUAACAGUAAAGCCUUAGGCUUAUUGAGAAGAGCACGGAUUUCCCGCAGCAAGAAAGAGACUGACAGAGAGAGUUUUUCCUCUCGGCUGCUUUCCUCUUGGCAUAUAGCCCCAAUCCAUCUGCCAUUGCUGGGACAGAACUGCUGGCCACACCUGUCAGAAGGCUUUAGCGUUUCUCUGUGGUUUAAUGUGGAGUAUAUCCAUGAAUCCGAGAGUGCUGCAGAAAGAGCAAAGAAGGUAAAGAAAAGAAACAAACCAUCAACUCUACAAGACGACAGUUUUGAAGGAGCAGAAGGUGAUAGACCAGAAGGUACAGAAUCCAUCAAUCCUGAUGACAGACUCAUAGAAGAUGGCUGCAUUCAUUUGAUUUCGUUGGGAUCCAAAGCAUUGAUGAUCCAAGUGUGGGCUGAUCCCCACAGUGGCACUUUUAUCUUUCGUGUGUGCAUGGACUCAAAUGAUGAUGUGAAAGCUGUUUCACUAGCACAAGUUGAAUCACAGGAAAACAUUUUCUUUCCAAGCAAAUGGCAACACUUGGUACUUACCUAUCUUCAGUAUCCUCAAGGGAAAAAGAAUGUCCAUGGGGAAAUUUCGAUAUGGGUAUCUGGACAGAGGAAAACUGAUGUCAUCUUGGAUUUUGUGCUUCCAAGAAAAACAAGCUUGUCAUCAGACAUCAAUAAAACGUUUUGUAUGAUUGGUCAUUGCUUAACAUCCCAAGAUGAAUUUCUGCAAUUACCUGGAAAAUGGGACCUUGGAAACUUGCUCCUCUUUAACGGAGCUAAGAUUGGCUCACAAGAGGCCUUUUACCUGUAUGCUUGUGGACCCAACUACACAUCCAUAAUGCCAUGUAAAUAUGGCAAGCCAGUGAAUGACUACUCCAAAUACAUUGAUAAAGAAAUUUUGAGAUGUGAACAAAUCAGAGACCUUUUUAUGACCAAGAAAGGUGUGGAUGUUGGUCUCCUAAUUGAAAGUCUUGCAGUUGUUUAUACAACUGACUGCCCUGCUCAGUAUACUAUCUAUGAGCCCGUGAUCCGACUCAAGGGCCAGGUGAAAACUCAGCUCACUCAGAGACCCUUCAGCUCAAAGGAAGCCCAGAGCAUCUUGCUAGAACCUUCUCAACUCAAAAGUCUCCGGCCUACAGAAUGUAAAACCAUCCAGGGUAUUCUGCAUGAGAUUGGUGGAGCUGGUGUAUUUGUUUUUCUCUUUGCUAGGGUUGUUGAACUCAGUGGUUGUGAAGAAACUCAAGCAUUAGCACUGCGGGUUAUAUUGUCUUUGAUUAAGUAUAGCCAACAGAGAGCACAUGAAUUGGAAAAUUGUAAUGGACUUUCUAUGAUUCAUCAAGUGUUGGUGAAACAGAAAUGCAUUGUUGGCUUUCACAUUUUGAAGACACUUCUUGAAGGUUGCUGUGGUGAAGAGGUUAUCCACAUCAGUGAGCAUGGAGAGUUCAAGCUGGAUGUCGAGUCUCAUGCUAUAAUCCAAGAUGUUAACCUGUUGCAGGAACUGUUGCUCGACUGGAAGAUAUGGAAUAAGGCAGAGCAAGGUGUGUGGGAGACUCUGCUAGCAGCUCUGGAAGUCCUCAUCCGGGCAGAGCACCACCAGCAGCAGUUUAAUAUUAAGCAGUUGCUCAACGCCCAUGUAGUUCAUCACUUCCUACUGACUUGUCAGGUUUUACAGGAACACAGAGAAGGGCAACUUACAUCCUUGCCCCGAGAGGUUUGUAAAUCAUUUGUGAAAAUCAUUGCUGAAGUCCUUGGAUCUCCUCCAGACUUGGAAUUAUUGACAGUUAUUUUCAAUUUCCUGUUAGCAGUACACCCUCCUACUAAUACUUAUGUGUGCCACAACCCCACAAACUUCUACUUCUCUUUGCACAUAGAUGGCAAAAUCUUUCAGGAGAAAGUGCAGUCAAUCAUGUACCUGCGGCAUUCUAGCAGUGGAGGGCAAUCUUUUCCCAGUCCUGGAUUUCUGGUAAUAAGUCCAGCUGCCUUUACUGCAUCACCUUCUGAAGGAACCAGUUCUUCCAAUAUCAUUCCACAGAGGAUGGCUGCCCAAAUGGUUCGAUCUAGAAGUCUGCCAGCAUUUCCUACCUUUACACCACUAAUGCAAGCACCAAAACUGGCUGGAAGUUUGGGCUAUAGUAUUGACAAGUUACGAAAUGUUUCAGAUGCCCACCCAGAGAAACGAAAUCCUUUAGGGAGUCCCUACACACUGAAAACAAGCAAAGAGGAAGCAUUCAUCAGUAGCUGUGAGUCUGCAAAAACUGUUUGUGAAAUGGAGGUACUUCUUGCAGCCCAGGCCUCUGCCAGUGUGGUCUCCAGAGGAACACUAGGGGUUCCCACGGCCAGAGUAGAUCACAGAGACUUGGGAACUGAGCCCAGAUCAGAUGAUGACAGUCCUGUGGAUGAGUCCUAUCCACGUCGACCUGAUAAUCUCAAGGGACUGGCCUCAUUCCAGCGAAGCCACAGCACUAUUGCAAGCCUUGGACUUGCAUUUCCCUCUCAAAAUGGAUCUGCAGCUGCUAGCAGAUGGCCGAGUCUUGUUGAUAGGAAUGCUGAUGAUUGGGAAAACUUUACCUUUUCUCCUGCUUAUGAGGCAAACUACAACAAAGCUGCAAGCGCUCACAGUGUCGCUGAAGACUGUUUGAUACCUAUCUGCUGUGGAUUAUAUGAACUCUUAAGUGGAGUUCUUCUUAUCCUGCCUGAUGCUAUGCUUGAAGAUGUGAUGGACAGGAUCAUUCAAGCAGAUACUCUUCUAGUCCUUGUUAACCACCCAUCACCUGCUAUCCAGCAAGGAGUAAUUAAACUGUUACAUGCAUAUAUUAACAGAGCAUCCAAAGAACAGAAGGACAGGUUUCUGAAGAACCGUGGCUUUUCUUUACUAGCAAACCAGUUAUAUCUUCAUCAGGGAACUCAGGAAUUGUUGGAGUGUUUCACUGAAAUGUUCUUUGGUCGACGCAUUGGCCUGGAUGAAGAAUUUGAUCUGGACGAGGUGAAACACAUGGAACUUUUCCAGAAGUGGUCUGUCAUUCCAGUGCUGGGACUGAUAGAGAACUCUCUGUAUGACAAUGUACUCUUGCAUAAUGCUCUCUUACUUCUUCUUCAAGUUUUAAACUCUUGUUCUAAGGUAGCAGACAUGUUGUUGGAUAAUGGUCUACUCUAUGUGUUAUGUAAUACGGUAGCAGCCCUGAAUGGAUUAGAAAAGAACAUUCCCUUGAACGAAUACAAAUUGCUUGCAUCUGAUAUACAGCAACUUUUCAUAGCAGUUACAAUUCAUGCUUGCAGUUCCUCGGGCUCACAGUAUUUUAGAGUUAUUGAAGAUCUUAUUGUACUUCUUGGAUAUCUUCAAAAUAGCAAAAACAAGAGGACACAAAAUAUGGCUUUGGCCCUGCAGCUUAGAGUUCUCCAGGCUGCUUUGGAAUUUAUAAGGAGCACAGCCAAUCAUGACUCUGAAAGUCCAGUAGAUACAGUCCAGUCACCUUCUGCUCAUCACCAUACAGUAUCUCAAAAGCGGAGAAGCAUUGCUGGUCCUCGAAAAUUCCCCCUGGUUCAGACAGAGUCUCUCCUGAUGAAGAUGCGCUCAGUGGCCAGUGAUGAGCUUUACACUAUGAUGCAGAGGAGGAUGAGCCAGGAGCACCCCAGCCAGGCCUCAGAGGCAGAGCUUGCCCAGAGACUGCAGAGACUCACCAUCUUGGCUGUAAACAGGAUCAUUUACCAAGAGUUGAAUUUAGAUAUUAUUGACAUUUUGACAACUCCGGAAAGUGCAGGCCAAAGCAAGACCUCAGUUUCCCAGACUGAAAUUUCUGAAGAAGAUAUGCAUCAUGAGAAAUCUUCUGUAUACAAUCCAUUUCAGAAAGAAAUGUUCACAUAUCUAAUUGAUGGAUUCAAAUUGUCUAUUGGUUCAAAUAAAACCAGUGGUUGUAAGCAACAGUGGACUAAAAUCAUGGGGUCCUGUAAAGAAACAUUCCGAGUCCAGCUUGGAAGAUUGCUAGCACAUAUUUUGUCACCAACUCAUACUGUCCAAGAAAGGAAGCAAAUAUUUGAAAUAGUUCAUGAACCAGCUCAUCAGGAUAUACUUCGAGAAUGUCUUAGCCCAUCCCCACAACAUGGAGCCAAGUUGGUUCUAUAUUUGUCAGAGUUGAUACAUAAUCACCAAGAUGAGUUAAAUGAAGAAGAACUGGACACAGCAGAACUGCUUAUGAAUGCUUUAAAAUUGUGCGGUCACAAGUGCAUUCCUCCCAGUGCCCCUUCCAAACCAGAGCUCAUUAAAAUGAUCAAAGAGGAACAAAAGAAAUAUGAAAAUGAAGAGAGUGUGAGUAAAGGUGCGUGGCAGAAAACAGUCAACAAUAAUCAACAAAGUCUCUUUCAGCGGCUCGAUUUAAAAUCCAAGGAUAUAUCUAAAAUAGCUGCAGAUAUCACUCAGGCCAUAUCUCUUUCCCAAGGAAUUGAAAGAAAAAAAGUGAUUCAGCACAUCAGAGGGAUGUACAAAGUCGACCUGAGUGCCAGUAGACACUGGCAGGAGCUCAUCCAGCAGCUGACACAUGACAGAGCAGUCUGGUAUGAUCCAAUCUACUAUCCAACUUCGUGGCAGUUGGAUCCAACUGAAGGGCCAAACCGAGAGAGGAGACGUUUGCAGAGAUGUUAUUUAACUAUUCCAAAUAAGUAUCUCCUUAGGGACAGACAAAAGUCAGAAGGUGUGGUCAGACCACCACUCUCUUACCUAUUUGAAGAUAAAACUCAUUCUUCCUUUUCCUCUACUGUCAAAGACAAAGCUGCAAGUGAAUCCAUAAGAGUGAAUCGAAGAUGUAUCAGUGUUGCGCCAUCCAGAGAGACAGCUGGGGAAUUGUUGUUAGGUAAAUGUGGAAUGUAUUUUGUGGAAGACAAUGCUUCUGAUACAGUUGAAAGUUCGAACCUUCAGGGGGAGUUAGAACCGGCAUCUUUUUCCUGGACAUAUGAGGAAAUUAAAGAAGUUCACAGGCGCUGGUGGCAACUGAGAGAUAAUGCUGUAGAAAUCUUUUUAACAAAUGGCAGAACACUCCUAUUGGCAUUUGACAAUACCAAGGUUCGUGAUGAUGUGUACCAGAGCAUUCUCACAAAUAACCUCCCCAAUCUUCUGGAGUAUGGCAACAUCACUGCUCUGACAAACCUGUGGUACACUGGACAAAUUACCAAUUUUGAAUAUUUGACUCAUUUAAACAAGCAUGCCGGCCGAUCCUUCAAUGAUCUCAUGCAAUACCCUGUAUUCCCCUUUAUCCUCUCUGACUAUGUUAGUGAGACUCUUGACCUCAAUGACCCAUCUAUCUAUAGAAACCUAUCUAAGCCAAUAGCUGUGCAGUAUAAAGAAAAAGAAGACCGCUAUGUUGACACAUACAAGUAUUUGGAGGAAGAGUACCGCAAAGGAGCCCGAGAGGACGACCCCAUGCCUCCUGUGCAGCCCUACCACUAUGGCUCCCACUACUCCAACAGUGGUACCGUGCUCCACUUCCUGGUCAGGAUGCCUCCUUUCACCAAAAUGUUUCUAGCCUAUCAAGAUCAAAGUUUCGACAUUCCAGACAGAACUUUUCAUUCUACAAACACAACUUGGCGCCUCUCAUCUUUUGAAUCCAUGACUGAUGUGAAGGAGCUGAUUCCAGAGUUUUUCUAUCUUCCUGAGUUCCUAGUGAACCGUGAAGGUUUUGACUUUGGUGUGCGUCAGAAUGGUGAACGAGUUAACCACGUCAACCUUCCUCCAUGGGCACGCAAUGAUCCUCGGCUGUUCAUCCUCAUUCACCGGCAGGCACUAGAAUCUGACCAUGUGUCCCAGAACAUCUGUCACUGGAUUGACUUGGUGUUCGGCUACAAGCAAAAGGGCAAGGCUUCUGUUCAAGCCAUCAAUGUUUUCCAUCCUGCUACAUACUUUGGCAUGGAUGUCUCUGCUGUUGAAGAUCCAGUGCAGAGACGAGCUUUAGAAACCAUGAUAAAAACCUAUGGGCAGACCCCUCGUCAGUUGUUCCACACAGCCCAUGCUAGUCGACCUGGAGCCAAGCUCAACAUUGAAGGAGAGCUUCCAGCAGCUGUUGGCUUGUUAGUACAGUUUGCUUUCAGAGAGACCCGAGAACCAAUCAAGGAAAUCACUUAUCCGAGCCCUUUGUCAUGGAUAAAAGGCUUGAAGUGGGGGGAGUACGUAGGCUCCCCCAGUGCUCCCGUACCUGUGGUCUGCUUCAGCCAGCCCCAUGGAGAAAGAUUUGGUUCACUCCAAGCAUUGCCUACCAGAGCCAUCUGUGGUUUAUCCCGAAACUUCUGUCUUCUGAUGACCUACAGCAAGGAGCAAGGUGUGAGAAGCAUGAACAAUACAGACAUUCAGUGGUCUGCUAUCCUGAGCUGGGGAUAUGCUGACAACAUCUUACGAUUGAAAAGUAAGCAGAGUGAGCCACCAAUCAACUUCAUACAGAGUUCACAACAGCACCAGGUGACCAGUUGUGCCUGGGUGCCUGACAGUUGUCAGCUCUUCACUGGGAGCAAGUGUGGUGUCAUUACAGCCUAUACCAACAGGCUCACCAGCAGCACGCCCUCAGAAAUCGAAAUGGAGAGUCAGAUGCAUCUCUAUGGACACACAGAAGAGAUAACCAGCUUAUGUGUCUGCAAACCAUAUAGUGUGAUGAUAAGUGUGAGCAGAGAUGGGACCUGCAUCGUAUGGGACCUAAACAGAUUAUGCUAUGUACAAAGUCUGGCAGGACACAAAAGCCCUGUGACAGCUGUCUCUGCCAGUGAAACAUCAGGUGACAUUGCUACUGUGUGUGACUCAGCUGGAGGGGGCAGUGACCUGAGACUUUGGACAGUGAAUGGGGACCUCGUCGGACAUGUCCACUGCAGAGAGAUCAUUUGUUCUGUAGCUUUCUCCAACCAACCUGAGGGAGUAUCCAUCAAUGUCAUUGCGGGGGGUCUAGAAAAUGGCAUUGUGAGGUUAUGGAGCACAUGGGACUUGAAGCCUGUGAGAGAAAUUACAUUCCCCAAGUCAAAUAAGCCUAUCAUAAGCCUUACGUUUUCCUGCGAUGGCCACCAUUUAUACACAGCCAACAGUGAUGGGACAGUGAUUGCAUGGUGUCGGAAGGACCAGCAACGCAUGAAGCAGCCCAUGUUCUACUCUUUCCUCAGCAACUACGCAGCAGGAUGAAGAGAAGGGCCUUCCCCAGAGAACAUGAGCACCAUACGGUGGAGCUGGUGCCUGCCACUGCAGAAACAGAUAACUAAGCAGAUAUCCAGUAAUGACACCUGUUCCUCAAGGCACACCUCCACAGCCUCCAAGGUCCUGAGAGUAAAGCCCUGCCCUCAUUCCAUAAUGGUGUGGAAGGCUGGGUCAGCACGCACCAGCCAACAAGUUUGAGGCAAAUUAAAGUCAGAAUCUUGAUACUUAUUACCAAGAAGUUAUGCUAAAUCAAAGAUUAGUGUCUCUCUUCUUUCAAAAAGAAACAGCAGAACUUUAAAUUAGCUAAUUAUUUAUCUAAAAUACUAGAAACUAUAUUUUAAAAGUUUCUGGCAUAUUCCCUUACAAGCACACAUUCCCCUCAUAAAAAAAAAGAAAAGAAACUCAGAAUUUUUCAGGACUCAACAAUUGCUUUCUUUAAGAAGCAAAUUAUUCAGUAGGUGCCUCUGCACCAAAUACAUUCCGGAAUAUCUGAACUGAAAGUGAUCUCCUGCAGCAUCACACUAGGCUGUUUUUGCUGGUUGCCUUUGCCCAAAGAAGAGCUAGGUUUUUCCUGCAAGAGUGUAGGUACUUUUGAUUUCAUGCACAUCCUCAUUCCUCAUAAGAUUUUACUUACAAUCCAUAACACUAGGCAUCAAUACCCUUGGUUCAGUGACUAAUUUUCAAAUGCCAUGGUAAAUCUUUUAGCACCUGCCAUUAACAAUGCCACUGACAGAGCAUUGAACAUGUACCAUCUAUAAUAAAAAGUUCCAGACAGCACUCCACAAUGGAGACACAGCAGCUAAUCCAGUCCACAAGGGGGUGUUCUGCUGUGAGACAGAAAUGUGAAGGAAAAGAAGAUAGCUGAGUGUGCAAAUGGAAGGCAGGAUGAGUUACCCUUUAGGAAACCAGUUUUCCUUAUCCCUACUAUGCUGUCAUCUGAGAAUCCUAGAGAAGGUGCAAAGCCCCCCUUGUGCACCACGGCAUGUGAAGGCAGCUCCUAGUCUGGAAUGCCAUAUCUGCCACAUGGGGACAACUGGAUUUUUACUUGAGGUGCUGCUUUAAUGGCUUUGAAAACUGUCAGUAGGCUCAGAAAUAUGUCACCAUGGGAUAAAAGCACGUGUUGCUGCCUAUGAAUGACUUGUGCAUUUGUUUUGGAAAUUUACUUCAUAUAAUGUUUACAAAACUACUUUUGUAACUUCCAGACUUUGUAAAACAUUCUGCUUAUAUCUACAGAUGCUAUUCCAGAGUCUCUGCUGUGGGUACAGGCACAGGAAGAGGCAGUGCCUCAUGAUACCUUUAGGUCACAUCGACAUGAGCCACAUGCUACUCCUGGGGUCCACUUAUGAGCAGAGAUAACAUUACUUCUACUCACGUUGAAGUGAUUGAUUUGUUUUUAAAAAUUCAGCUAUUGUCUAGCUUUCAUUUUUUUUUUUUUUUUUACCAAGAACUUCAAGUUAGUCUCCUAUUAGAAUAGGGAUGCUAUGCAGUCUUGGCUUUUUUAAGGACCAAGUUUCAUCAUUAUCUAAAGAGAAAAUAUGCAAAAUACCUGGUCUUGUUAAGAGUGCAAUAUUAUAUUUUUAUGUAAAAAUUGGGGGGAUUAUUUAUUGAGCAUGAAACCUAGUAUGUAUAUGUUGGAAUGCUUUAUAAUAAUGCAUGUUGUAGCACACAUCCCUAGAAGUCAUCACAUGCUGUUACCUUAUACACACUGCCACUUCAGUUUGGAAAUAAACUUGCUAAAAA